AUGCAUUGCUUGAGACACAUUUUUGCUUUUCUGCCUUUAGAAGAAGAGGCCUGCUGUCAAAUAGACGCCAGACGUGGACGUCAAAUCUAUACUCGACAGCAGACACUUGAGCUCGAGAAAGAGUUCCAAACCAACCGAUAUCUGACUCGACCACGAAGGAUUGAAAUUUCUCAUGAUCUGAGGCUUACAGAACGACAGGUAAUUUUCACAAAAGGUCUGUAG